AUGCCUCCUAAGUUAUACUGGUGCCAAGUGCCUCAUUGCAAGGCAAGCUAUCAGCGGAAAGAACAUCUUCGUCGCCACGAGGCGCAACAUACCCAAGAACAGCUUCGACAAUGUCCAGCUUGUACCCAGAAAUUUAGGCGAAGUGAUACGUUACGGCGACAUAUGCAAAAUAUACAUGGAGUGAACGACAUGCCCGACAUCAAACACGCGUGCGCCCACUGCCGAAAGCAAAAGUCUCGAUGCCAAGGAGGACCUCCAUGUAACAAUUGCUUGCGCCGCGGGAUGCACUGUUCCCUUGAACGGCGAGUGGGAGCACAGCAGGUUGAUCACCGGCGUGUCAUUGCAAGGAUGUCUCAAUCACCUCCUAUCCGACCUGCGAAAGACAACCCUGAUCAGGAAAAACACUUUAUAAGCAUAUAUUUCAACACAUUUCAUCCUCGGUGGCCUUUUGUUCAUCGAGGAUCUUUCAGUGAUCAUGAAGCACCAUUAUUGAUCAAGUCAAUGCUUGUUCUCGGUCUGUGGUUGAGCAAGGAACGAAAAGCCCAGGCGAAAGCCAUUGACCUGCACAAUGUCUUGGGCUCAGCCAUACGUCAGCAGACUGAGGCAUGGGAUGCCUCUGUAGCAGAUGCAAGGAGUACUUGUAAAUGGCCCAUCGCCACAUAUCAGGCAAUCCUGCUCCAUCUAAUAUUCGCCGCUUUAUAUCGGGGCGGUGGGGAGCUCGACCUUGACCUGAAGCCUUCCCUUGCUCCUGCAGAUGCUGACCUCCUACAAAGGCUUAUCAUAAGCUGCAAGAAGCUAGGAAUGUUUUACUACCCAAACAUACUGCGGCAUCAUUGCAACAGUAUUCUGCCUGGAUAUACAUGGGUAAGUGUUGAGGAGGUAAAGAGGUUCGAUCUUGCUUUAUUCAAAGUCAGUGGAGCGUUUAGUAUCUCAGGCAAGGGGGAGGAUAGAACGGGUUACUUAGACGGGAGGAUCCGUGCAUGCGAUUUACAGUUUCCACCACCCAGGAAUACGCCGUUGUGGAAUGCUGUAACUAAAGAAGAGUGGGAAUCCGCAGCGACAGCGGAUAUGGACCGCCAUAGCCUGGAUGACCCUUUGCCUCUACAAUGGAUCUUUAAUUCUGCAGAAAUUGUGGAACUUAUUGCUACUGGGUCUCCUGCAUUACUUUAA